GUUGGAACGACGAAGAAAUAGCACUAAAAGAGGAAGGAUUCUGGAUGGAUAUGUUUGUUUUGGCAGGCAUAAAAUACACUAUUUUACAUUUUGUUUGUUUAUUCCAAACGUUGCGCUUUAAUUUCCAUCUCGUUUAAAAUGUUACAGUCGAGGUACUUGCGACUUUUUUGUUCCUCACGGACUUUUUUGCCCUCAGUGGAGUUGACUUGUCUACAUUUGUUUAAUGAUCCUGUUACAUGUGCGACACGAUGUAAGUACAGCAUCCUUUUAAAACAAGAUAGAAGACACUUUGACGCGAAUCUCCCAUCGCACCGAAAGGCAAGACUGCUUUUCUACAACACUGGUGUGAAUUAUAUGAGGAAUAUUUGCACAUCUCAAGUGAAACUGAACUGUUGGAACUGCAAACAGCCUCUGGACAAUACUCCAGCGUUUUUCUGCGUGUCAUGCAAAGUAGUCCAACCCCCUGAAGAAGGGGCUUCAUACUUCCAGAUCAUGGGUUGUGAUUGCACCUUCAGCGUGGACAUCCAAAAACUGCAGAAAACAUACCUGCAGCUGCAGAGAUCCCUCCACCCAGAUAACUUCACCCCAGAAAUCUAUUGUAGAAAAAGAAGAUUCGAAAACCAGUCAGCUCUUGUGAACAAAGCGUACCAGACUCUGCUUAGAGCCUUUGGUCGUGGCCUUUAUAUGCUGGAAUUGCGGGGCAUGCAUAUAGAAGAAGGCACUGACCCCGGGGCCGAUUCAGACUUUCUGAUAGAGCUGAUGGAGAUCAAUGAGGCGCUUGAAAGGGCAAAGAGCUCAGAAGAAGCCAGUAAGAUUGGCCGAGAUGCAAAAGAAAAAGUGGCAGAACUAACAGAAGAGAUAGACGCUGCCCUGCGGAAAGGUGAGCUUCAAGCUGCCAAAGCACUGCUCGCUGAAAUGAACUACUUUGCUAACAUUGAAGAGAAAGUGAAGGAAAAACUUUCUGAAUUUAUGUGAAAAGUAUUUUAUCUCUAUUUUAGUGUUGCUGUAUAUAAGACUUUUUGACACAUGAAAGGGGCACUGAUUUAUAUUCAAAAUUCUACAACAAAAAUCAUGAGAAACUCAUCUGCUGGAUUUUUUUUCUGUUAACUAACUGUGCACAUCCACAAUUGCUGUUUAAAAGUAUUCAGUUUAUAGGCACAAGUAGUUUAGACAUUCACUCUGCAUUUGCUUGUUGACA